AUGCAGCUUGGUGAUCAUUUGAAGGAUGGGGAGCAGGAGGAGUCCCCCGCGGCGAUCCCCCCCUUGCAUCGUUGCCAAUCCAGGGAAUGGCGUUCCCAAGACUUGCCGUUGACCCCCCCUCCACCGCCCGCCUCGUGGAUGCAUCAUGAUUGUCAUGGCGAUUCGGUGAGCUUGGAGGUGAGAUCUUCGAGUGCCGCACGCAGUAAUGGUUCGGAAAGUCCGGAACCAUUGAUGCCAGGGGUAGGCGCUGAAGCGUUCUUGCGAGCCAAUGGACAGGAGCCUGACAAUAUUGCAAAUGCAACAGCAAGCAAACUUGCAAUCCAGGACGAGGAGCCUCCACAGGAAAACGAUACCACAGACAUGGCAGAUGAUCAGGAUGAAGCAAACAAAGCAGAUGAUCAGGAGAAAGCAGAGGAAGCAAAUGAGCCGGAGCAGACACAAGAUGAUCAGCGUACGAAGCACUACUCUCCAGGUCCUGAGGAGCCACAAGAGGAGGUGGAGGAGCCAAAUUCUCCAGAUCUUGAAGAGCCACAAGAGGAACAGGCAAGCGAGCAGGAAGAGGAGGCGGAAGACGAGGCAAGCACGCACGAUGAAUCGGAACUCCCUUUGGUGCUUCAUGCACAGCAGAGGGACCCGCCAGCUGAUGAUCCGCAGGAGGAGGAGGAGGGGAAGGAGGACAAGGACGAUGAGCAAGCUACCAAGCGCCCGAAGAAAGGAGUUUGCCUUGUGAGCCCGGAGCAGAAGAAGCACUUGAAGUCGCUUAUCCGCCAUGGAUCCAAAUACCGUGUCGAAGUGUAUUGGACAUGCCAGCAGCCCAAAGUCGGAGUACGAUGCAAAGCGACAGGGAAGUCCAUGUUUUGCUACACGCACCCAUCGUUUACGAUUCUGAUCGAGCUGUGCAACGACAUGGUUGUGUUCUUCGAGAAGGGUGGUCCUGAUCAGAAGUGGGAGCAGGUCAACUACAAGGCCAAUUCGGUUCUGAUGAGCCUUCGGUCGAAGUAUCGAGCCGAGCUGAAAGCUGGUUUGGCGUAA